UGUGUUUGUGCGUGAGACGGAGUAUGCCACGGAGUAUGCCACAUCCAUGCAUGCAGUGCGACACACAUCCACUAUUUAACAGUAUCUCUAUCACAGACAUUGCAGUUAUUCGGCACCAUGAACGUUUAUUAACUGCAUGCAUUUUCAAAGUUAUGCCUGUUUAAAGUUUCAAGCGAUUUGCCUCACAGACGUUUCUUCUUACUAAUGAGCUCGCAACACAUAUCCUAUGCGCACGCACACAGACAGCACAGCAAACAGCGAAAACACUCCUCUCAAGAAGCUGCUUUGUUCACAACGGUUUGGUCUUGCCUUAAUCUUGACUGCUGCAGCAAAUGGAAAUGUUUCAAAUCAUCUUUUUGGCAGUGGCAGUCGGUGCACAAGUAUCACCUCCAACGGUCAAUACUGGAAAGACAAAUAUAGCCCCAAUUCAGAUUCCUAAGCCACAAAUUGUUCAGAAACCAUUUUAUAAAGUGUUGUACAACACAGAGAACGUGAAUCUAGAAUGUGUGGUUAAUGGGGCCAUUGCAGAUUUACAGUAUGAAUGGUAUAAGGACUCAACUUCACUUAAACCUCCACUGGAUCAAGCCGUCAUUAUUGUGAGUACCGGUGGAGAAUAUCAAUGCAAGGCGAAGAAAGGAGUUACAGAGUCUGAAAAAAGUGAUUCUGAAACUUUAAAAAUACAAGCAAUCCCAACAGCAAAACUGACUUUAGAAUCAGCUUUAUCAGUAUUCUACCCGUCUGAAAAAGUCACUCUGAAGUGUGAGAUUGAGGGCAGCUCAGAUGACUGGAGCUACAAUUGGUAUAAAAAUAUGGGAGAUCUACAAGGACACAAGUCCUCUUUAGAAAUAAAUUUAACAUCAAAGGAGGAUUCUGGAGAAUAUACCUGCCAGGGAUUCAUUAAAGAAAGAGUGACCACUGAAAUGAGUUCUGCUGUUAAACUUCAAGUUAAUGCAAUCCCAACAGCAAAACUGACUUUGGAACCAGCAGUAGCAGUAUUCUAUCCAUCUGAAAAAGUCACUCUGAAGUGUGAGAUUGAGGGCAGCUCAGAUAACUGGAGCUACAAGUGGUUUAGAAAUAAGGGAGAACUCAAAGAAUCCAAACCUUCAUUAGAAAUCCAGUCGACAUCAAAGGAUGACUCUGGAGAAUAUACAUGCCAGCGAUUCAUUAAAGAGAGAGUGACCACUGAAAUGAGUUCUUCUGUUACACUUCAAGUUAAUGCAAUCCCAACAGCAAAACUGACUUUGGAACCAGCUUUAGCAGUAUUCUAUCCAUCUGAAAAAGUCACUCUGAAGUGUGAGAUUGAGGGCAGCUCAGAUAACUGGAGCUACAAGUGGUUUAGAAAUAAGGGAGAACUCAAAGAAUCCAAACCUUCAUUAGAAAUCCAGUCGACAUCAAAGGAUGACUCUGGCGAAUAUACGUGCCAGCGAUUCAUUAAAGAGAGAGUGACCACUGAAAUGAGUUCUGCUGUUACACUUCAAGUUAAUGAGACUCCUAGACCAAAGCUGACCGCAGAUCCAAACUGGACAGAGUUUUUCCCAAACGAGACAAUCACACUGACGUGUGGAUUUGAUGGCAAUUCUGACGGCUGGUCUUUUGAAUGGCUCAAGAUGAACGAAAAAAUUAAAACAAGCUCCACUCUUACAAUAACAGCAAAACCCUCUGACUCUGGACAAUAUUCAUGUAAAGGAAAACUUAGAUCGGUGGUUACCCAACAGAGUGAUGCUUUUCCACUAAGAGUCCACGAUAAAUGGCCCAAGCCAAAUUUGACACAGAGCCAAAAUUUUCAAGUGUUUUACGAAGGAGAAGCUAUAACAUUUAACUGUGGUGUCGAUGUGCAGUUCUCCAACUGGGAAUAUCAAUUUUUUAGAGACUUAGUGCCGAUUCACGAUUUCACCAGCAACAGUUUUUCUAUCAAAUCUGUACAAGUGUCCGACAGUGGAAAAUACUCAUGUCAAGUCAAACGAAGAACUCUUAGCUCUGGUCAAAGUGACGUACGCACAGUAACUGUCAAAGAAAUCUCGAAAGCUCAGCUUAGUUCUGAAUGGAAAGAUGCUUUUCCUGGUGAAACGGUGUCUUUGCAGUGUGUGAUUCCAGGUGUAUCAGAAAACUGGAUCUAUAUGUGGUUCAGGAACGACAAAACUGUGUCCAGUGGUCCUGACACAAACAUAUAUGAAAAUACUCUGUCACUCUCGGUUAAAUCUCAUCCCGCUGGGCUAUAUAUGUAUGUUUGUCAAGCUCAGCUAGAGAGAAGGUCUGUGAAGACAGCAAAAAGCACACAACAUUCAUUACACAUUUAUGGAUCCAAGCCAACAUUCAUUGUGGGACAAGAUCCACAAUACCCAGAAAUUUAUACUGGGGAACAGGUCAAACUUAAAUGUAGUAUUCAAGAGCAGACAUCAAAUUGGGCAUACCAGUGGAAAAAAGACAAAUCUGAACAUGACAUCCAAGGCGAAACUUACACUAUCCAAAGUGCCACACUCUCCCACAAUGGGUCGUACACAUGUCAUAUAAGCAGGAAUAAGGUCACAUUUUCAUCUGAGCCUAAACUAAUUACAAUAAUCGAGCCACCUCAACCAAAACUCUCUAUAGAGUCUGAAUGGAAAAUGUUUUACCCAACUGAAAAAAUAACUCUGAAGUGUUCAAUUAAUAAAAAUCCGCUAGAUUGGCGCUAUGAAUGGUACAGAAACAUGACUAAGCUCUCUGAAGACAAGGACACGCUCUUGAUCCAAUCAGCAAACAGAAGUCAUUCUGGAGGUUAUAAGUGCAAAGCCGAACAUCGACAGAGAUCACCAGUGACUACAAUUGAAACAGUAGCUUCGCAGAUUCAGAUUUUUGAUAAAACUCCAAAACCGGACUUAAGAAUACAUCCACCAAACAUAACGUUGUUCUACGCUGGUGAGCGAAUUCGCCUCGAUUGUAAAAUGCCGGGUGCUGGUUGGGAAUAUCACUGGUCCAAGGACUCAAAGCCGACACAACCUUCCAUCAAAAAUAUAAACUACAUCAUAAACUCGGCAUCUCUCCAUCACACCGGUAACUACACAUGUGAAGCGAAGAGAGGCGAUUUCUCAAUCUCAAGUGAGCCGCUGAAAUUGGAAGUUCAAGAUAAAACUCCAAAACCGGACUUAAGAAUACAUCCACCAAACAUAACGUUUUUCUACACUGAUGAGCGAAUUCACCUCGAUUGUAAAAUGCCGGGUGCUGGUUGGGAAUAUCACUGGUCCAAGGACUCAAAGCCGACACAACCUUCCAUCAAAAAUAUAAACUACACCAUAAACUCGGCAUCUCUCCAUCAUACCGGUGACUACAUAUGUGAAGCGAAGAGAGGCGAUUUCUCAAUCUCAAGUGAGCCGCUGAAAUUGGAAGUUCAAGCUCGUUUACCUGCUGUGCUGACGCUGAGCACUGAAUUGAGUGACAUCAUGGCCGGGAAUACACUGACACUGAGGUGUGAGGUCUCAGAUGGCAAAGUAUGGAACUAUACCUGGUCAGAGAACGGACAGGAGCUGAAUGAGUCUUCUAAUACAUUAGAAGUGGAAUCAACUGAAGAUACUAUAAAAAAUGAAUUUAAGUGCAGGGGGAAAAGGACAGUACGACCGCUGUACUCCUCUUGGAGUGAGGGGUUUGUGGCCAAUAAUAUUGUGUUCAAAAGAAAAAUAGUGCAGGCUAUCUCAGGAUUCUUUGUCUGCUGUAUUCUUAUUCUGAUCAGUGGAUGCAUCAUACUAAAAAUUACCCGCAAACCAGUGAGGAAUGAGACUGUGCGUGAGGACUUGUUUAUUUCAAUGGCGGACUCCAAGAAUCAAGCUACGACACCCUUGAUGGAGUACAUGGAAAACAAGCCAACAGAGAAUGAUUCUGAGGAAAAGGAGGAACUGAAUAUGGAUCAUAUUUCAAUCACUCAUGUGGAUGGUGUGAUAAAAGGCGAAGAUUCACCAUCAGCUGAGUCUAAUGGCCUAACAUCUUUUAAAGGAUCCUGAAACAUUUUUUCCGCAAUGAACAUCAGGGUGACAUUUCUCUUUGUUGCACUGAGGCAGCUAAAUGACAAGCAUAUUUCUGUAAGACUGCAUUAUGUAAUAAAUAGCACAGCACUUUGUCUAACAGCAAUUGCACUUUCCUACCUACAAAGGUGGAGAAACAUGCUUAUUGUUAUGAUAGUAAACCUGCUCAUUAUUGUACAGUGAAUAAACAUAAAGACAGCAAUUUCGGUAAUGUGCUCAGAAUUAAAAUCAGGGCCCAGUUGCUUAAACUAAGCCACUAAGUUAAGACUGCGUCUUCACAACUAGUCUCAUUAACUAGCAAUUAAAGAAGUUAUGACCAGUUUUGAAGAAAAAAAAUAUGCGAAGAACUUCUAAGACUAGUCUAAGCAGCUCAUGCAACCGGCCCCAGAUGUAAACACAGUAUACUGUAUCUGUAUGUACACACCUAGUAUAUAUUAAAUUGUCAUACAGUGCAUCUGCUUUGUAUUGCUAUAUUGAAUUAUUUGAACCAUAAGCAAUGUUUUCAAUUGUAUCUUCUUUUAUAAGUGCCAAGUAUAUACCAUUAUGAUUGUGUGAUUUCAAUUUGUUAAAUAAAAGUUUACUUAAUCAAUUA